CUCAAUACAUAGCUCACCUCUUAGCUACACAUCAUUUCAGCCAUUUAAUGCUCCAACAGUGUCUCCUUCUCCCCCUUUUCCACACUUAUAUAAACCUUUCUCUCACUUUUGUUCCACCACCACCACCCCCCCUCCUCCCCCUCUCACUUUCAGUUCAUACCAUCCCACCCCACGCCUUCUUCUUUCCUCUCUCAUCUUCCGUCUUGUUGCAGAUGAAGAUUAUGAGGGGGAAAUUUCUGAGGGCAUGCCUGGAAAAGUGGCGGAGAAUGGGGAGCAGAGUGAUACCAUCAGCAGGGUGCGACUACUGCUGCCAGUGGGCACUGUGGCCUUCCAUGCACGAAGGCGACUCCAUUCCAAGAGAUGUCCCAAAGGGACACUUAGUAGUGUAUGUGGGUGAAAAUUACACGAGGUUUGUCAUUAAAAUAACUCUGCUCAAGCACCCACUCUUCAAGGCAUUGUUGGAUCAGGCUCGGGACGAGUAUGAUUUCACUGCUGCCUCCAAACUCUGUAUCCCUUGCGACGAGAACAUUUUUCUGAGCGUGGUUCGAUGCGCCAGCUCUCCUCAGGAUCGAAGAUCCUUCUCUUUGUGCCUUUGAGAACAUAUUUGUUUCUUCACAAAAAAAAAAAAAAAAAAAUUGAUUCAUUGUGAGGUGUAACUUCUAAAUGGGAGUGAUAAUCUGUCAUAUACUAUGUAGAAUUUAAUUAAUUGUGAUAUAUAAAUCGCCUUUAGUUCCAA